AUGUCCUCCCGUACCAAGCGCAUAAAGAAAACGUCCUGGGGCGCACGGGAGCGAGCGGGCAUGAGCUUCCUGAUUGUCGUAGCGUUCUUCGCCGUCUUUGGGCUCAUCAUUCUGACGGAGGUUCUGAUGAUUGACGAUCGGGGCCGGGCGGGUAGCAUCAUCGUGCGGCACGGCAGCAAUGGCGGCCGGUUCGGUGAAUCCGUUCCGGACUAUGACGAUGUGAAGGACGACUAUCUGGACGAUACGGGAAUCUUUGUGCGGGAGACUAAAUACGGCGGCCAAGCAGUGAAGAACAUUCUGAAGAAUCAAAAAGAUCUGAAAAACUCUAUUGGCAUAUCCGUGCUAACAGAUUCGAGCGAGCCGCGUAAUCCUCCCGUUGUGCCUUGGGGCCAGAUGUUGCCGUCGAAGAUCGAGCAAACGUUGCCCCGCUUCCCGGCCGAUAUGAAGCCAACUGACGGCUCGUGGGAGAUAGUCAACGGUACCAGGUACAAGUUUUUCGUGUUUUCCGCGUUCUACGAUCGACGCGACGGUAAGCUGGUGCGUGUUAUCGGGGCCACCAAAACGCGUGGCCCGGAAAAAGUGUGGUGCCGGUUUUGGUACCAAACUGGGGUGAAUAGUACGAAAUAUCGAUCGGCAUCGGUGAUGGCACGGGUGAAGAUCAUCCGUGAGAACUGGAAUCUGAAGUAUAGCGCCUGUUUUAUCCUGUGUCCCAUAAGGGGACCGUAUCCAGAAAUUCCACAUGCUGUGAGCGUAGUUAGCAAGAUAAGAGCGGCCCCGGGUAAUGUACUUAUGCUGCGGAACACUGACAACGACCCCGAUUUUACGAAUCGAACAUUUAGCAACAUACCGAACAGCAUCGGCGUGUGUGUGAAGCCCUUGCACUUCAACUACGAUCAGGCGCUUUAUUUGCUAGAGUUUCUCGAACUCAACAACUUGCUGGGUGUGAGUCAUUUCACCUUUUACAAUCACACAAUCGGACCAAAAGCGUCCUGUGUGUUGCAGCACUACGUAACCGGCGAUCUACCGCAGCACAUCGCACCGUAUGAAGACGCUAGCCCGCCAAAGGCUCUCAACAGCUCAUCGUUCGAUAUGACCGAUGGCCCCUAUCGUAUGCCUACCAAAUACAAUGAAGACAAUACUGCACUACUAAAGCCAAAAAUCACUGUAAAUAUUAUGCCAUGGAAUUUAAGAAUGCGCUCGCAAAAGGAGAUACGUACCGAGGGGCUGUUUGCUUCGCUCAAUGACUGCUUGUAUCGCAGUAUGUACAGAUACUCACAUGUUGCUUUGAUUGACUUGGACGAGUUUAUCAUACCGCACCACAAUGACACUUUGAUCGAUCUCAUCACUUGGUUAUCGAAGCGCAUCAACAACCGCAACACGGGAGCUUACUCUUUCCAGAAUGCAUUUUUCUAUCUGCAAUUUGCCGAUGAUGAGCUCAUGUAUAAGGGAUCGGAAAGGCAGACCAAUCUGCGGGCGGCACUUACCACACAGCGGAAAACACGCCGAAGAUCGAAGCUACAUCCACAAAAGCAGCGGUCCAAGUACAUCUGCAAACCGGAAGCCGUCAUCGAGGCCGGCAAUCACUUCGUGUGGGAGUUCUGCCCUGGUCGAGGUUCCUUGAACGUCCCCGCAGAUGCAGCUAUUUUGCAUCAUUAUCGGGUGUGUGAAUUCGGUGGAGAUGAUUGCAUCAAAACACCGUCACUAGUAGAUCGCACUGCACAUCGCUACUCGAAGCGCUUGCUGGAUCGAGUCGGAACGGUGUACAACUAUCUGAAAGAAACAUGUAGCCUACCGGACAUUCCAAGGGCACCCACGAAGCCCCCACCAACACGCAAGAAAGAGCUCAAAAUACGAAUCCCACUGAAGCCGGAAGAUGAUAAGAAAGUUACUGAAACAAGCAAAUCCCAUCCGAAUGGGGCGAGCAAUGCAUCGCAAGGACCUGCAACGGUUCCGAUAGAAGUAAUCCUCAAGACACGUUAA